UCAUAUAUUUUUAAUUAAAAAUUCAUAAACAGUGCAGAUUGCAGCAGCAACAAAAAUAAAUUAUAAAUAAUAAAGUUGUGUGGCGAAAAUUUCGUUGUUGAGUUUUCCCUACUUUUCGCUGUGACGCCUGCGCAGCUGACUGAGAAAGAAAAAAAACAAAUCUAAUUGGAUACUUGGCUGCCAAACGGACACCGGAAACGGAAGUUGACUGCCAUUUGCCAUAUAGACUAACUAGCAAACACAACAACAACUACUGGCCCAGGUAGAACCUGUCCAUGGAUUUAUGAGAGUUGCUCCCCUCCAAAAGACGCGCCAACCCAAUACCGAUCCCCAACCAGAUCGAUGUGGCCGGAGACGACCGUCUGAGGUUCGCCCGAGCAGGUAGAAAAUGGCGGACACUUACCAGGAUGCAAGCAGCACGAUGCGCCCGGUGUUUCCCAACUCGCGGCUAGGCUCCUUGGCCGGCGCAUCCUUGGGCCAGCUACCGGGACCGCUGCUGGGAGAUGGGGAUGUCCUGAGCACCACAGCCGCCUCCUCGGCUGCCGUGGCCUCCGCCUCCGAGGGCUACAAUCCGCUGGACGAUGACCAGUGGUGGGCCAAUGCCAUCGAGGUGGACACCUUCGACUCACCGCUGGCCUUCGAUGCCAGCGAGAAUGGACUGUGGAACGGACAUUUUGUGCCGCCGCCGCCCCGGCCGCCGUUCCUGGAUGAAAGCGUCGCCGCCGAUGGCCUGACCACCUGUGAUCUGUGCACGUGGGCCUGGCAGCGGAAUGCCUACUCCCUGGAUGGAUCCAUCGAUACCGCCGGCGAACUUGGAUGGGCAUUCACCCUAAUCAUAGUUUCAAUCAUAUCGGCUCUAAUAGGUGCUAUUGUAAUGGUCAUAGUUCUAAGAUGUAGAAGAAUUAAAUCAGCGAAUGCCAAUGGUGGUCGCCCGCAGCCUUGGUGGUGUCGCAAUAAUCGCAACGGUGGCCAGAACCGAUCGCCCAUCUCGAUCAAGCACUCGGCGGACAGUAUCCGGCGGCCCACAAGUAAUUCCGGUGUCUGGACCUGGCUGGGUGGCAGUCGACGCUCCUCCGCUGGCCCAGAUCAGAUAGGACCGCCGUCCACAUCGCCGGCGGAGAACCAUUAUACCCACAUGGAUGAUGCCUACAGUCCGGUGGGUGUGAGCGAGGCGCUGUACGCGGAGCUGGACCGAGAGUCUGUGAGAUCGGCGAAUCCCUCGUAUCAGAAUACGGCCUACAGUCAGUGUGGCGAGAAAUACAAUUUCCAGGGCCACGAACAGGACAUUCCCAUGGUGGUCUCCUCAGCGCCGAGCAGUGCCUACUACUCGGACCUGUCGGUGACAGCCAUGCCGGGUGGUGCCAGUGGCAGUAACCAGGGCGCCUACGAGAUAGUUGGACUGAAUGUUAUGUCCCAGCCGCUGCCCAACUGGGAUCAUGUGGGUGGUGGCGGCGGUUCAGGUGGAGGUGUGGUUGCUGGAACUGGCCUCAAUCCCAGCGAGGCGGCGGCCAUGACGCAACGACGAGGACAACGACUGGCGGCCAUCAACGAGACGAGCACCAGCACAGUGCCCUCGGACUAUGUCUAAGCUUUUGAGGAAAGACAAUUACGAUAUGGAAAAUAAUGUGAAAUGUUUGGCGAGCUUAACAUGUUAAUAGGAUAUAGGAUACGUUACAUAUAUAUGUAUACCCCUAGGAUGUAGGGUUAAAUUUACACUUAGAUUUAAAACGAGGUAGUAGUAAAGGUAAUAACAAUUAAGAUGCGUAGCGCCAAACUCUCUUGAAAUAUUGUUGUGAGUGCUCUACGCAUCUUAGUUAUUUUAUUAUCCUUGCUAUUACCUUUUAGAAUUUAGCAUGGACAACUCGUGUCUUUGGUUUAUGUCUGAAUUUAGAAAUCCAAUCGAUAUAUAGGGAUAUAUUUAUACACACACACUUACAAAAAACAAGGCGAGAAUUGUAUUAUAUAUGUCUAGUUUUUAUAUAGUCUCUAAGCAACGAUUUAAUCGUGGGUGAUAUUUAGCCUAAAAAUAUGCUAUAUUCUUAUGUUCUAUGUACUUUAAACAUUUUCUGAAAAUGUAUAAAAACACCAACAAAACGCAUUUUUCGUAGAAUUAGACUAUAAAAAGUGAGAUGGUAUUUCCCCCCAGGAUCAGCAGUACACGAAUAUAUAUAGAAACGAUAUAUAUACAUAUAUAUAUAUACAAUCAUAUUUAUACACUCAUAUUUACAGCAGCAAAACGAACGCAUUUACUAAUAUAUCUCACCAAUAUGAACUAUAUAUAUCUAUAUCUUUAAACAAUAACUGAGGCAAACAUAUUUACAACGAUUUUAAUGCAACCAGAUUUCACGAAUAUUUACCGAGAAUAUAAACCGAUAUCGGGGGAAAUGAUAUAGUGGCACUGUCAUAUCAUUUACCAGCAACAACACCGUAAUCAUACGCAUAGCUAUCUAUAUACAUAUACCAUUUACAAUAAACAAAAAACAGACUCACGAGACCCUUAGCAGAUGUAUUUUAGUUUUUAGUCGCUAUUAAUUAAUUUAAUUUAAUGAGACACACACAACCACACACACAAGA